AAACAGGUUAAUGAAGAAAUGGAUGAUGAAAAUCCGUUGCCUGAAUUCCCUGCCAUUCCGUAAACCUCUUCCCCAAGGACCAAACACAGUUUUUAAAUCAUUCACUUCCUCUUCUCAGUGUGUUCAAAUCUCAACCCACGGCAGAAAAUCAUACCCUUUUUCAAGACUAACCCAACACCCCAAUUCCACAUCCUUCUCCGUUCCCUACUCUAAGCUUCUAUCAAAAUGCAAUGCCACCAAGACCCUAUCUCCAGGCAUGCAAAUCCAUGCACAUUUACUCAAAUUUGGGUCAAUCAAGGACCCUAAAACUAUCAACUUUCUCACCAAUUUGUAUGCAAAAUGUAAACUUUUUGGCUAUGCCCGGAAACUGGUUGAUCAAAGUCCUGAACCAGACUUGGUUUCUUGGUCUGCUUUGAUUUCUGGGUAUGCCCAGAAUGGGUUUGCUAAAGAAGCCAUUUUCACCUUUUACGAGAUGCAUUUGUUGGGUCUUAAGUGCAAUGAGUUCACUUUUCCGAGUGUUCUUAAAGCUUGUACUUUUACAAAGGAUUUCGAGUUGGGGAGACAGGUUCAUGGCGUUGCUGUGGUUACCGGGUUCGAUUCCGAUGAAUAUGUGGGUAACAGUUUGGUUGUUUUGUAUGCAAAGUGUUGGAGAUUCGACGAUUCGAGGAGGCUAUUUGAGGAUAUACCUCAAAGGAGUGUAGUCUCUUGGAAUGCGUUGUUUUCUUGUUAUGUACAGAGUGAUUACUUUGGUGAAGCAGUGGAGUUGUUUCAUGAAAUGGUUUCGAGUGGGAUAAGGCCUAAUGAAUUUAGUUUGUCUAGCAUGAUAAACGCCUGCACUGGGUUGGAGGAUAGUGGUGAAGGAAGUAAAAUACACGGGUUCUUGAUAAAACUUGGUUAUGAUUCGGAUCCUUUCUCGAAGAAUGCACUUGUGGACAUGUAUGCAAAGAUAGGAAUUCUCGAGGAUGCUGUUGCCGUUUUUGAGGAGAUCACAAAACCUGAUAUCGUUUCUUGGAAUGCUGUCAUCGCUGGUUGUGUUCUUCACGAUAACCAUGAUUGUGCUUUAGACCUUUUUGGGCAAAUGAGACUGUUAGGAACGUAUCCGAAUUUGUUUACCAUGUCAAGUGCUCUAAAAGCUUGUGCUGGCAUUGGUCUCAAGGAAUUGGGUAGACAGCUGCACUCUAAUUUGAUAAAGAUGAAUAUAGGAUCAGAUUCUUUUGUGGAUGUUGGACUUAUAGAUAUGUAUUCCAAGAGUGGUUUGAUGAAUGAUGCAAGAAUGGUUUUUAAUUUGAUGCCGAACAAGGACUUAAUUGCAUGUAAUGCUGUAAUCUCUGCAUAUUCUCAAAACGGGGAAGACGUGGAAGCUGUAUCUCUGUUUCCUUUGGUGCAUAAGGAAGGAGUUGGAUUCAAUCAGACAACUUUAUCGACAGUCCUCAAAUCUAUUGCCAGCUUGCAGGCGAGCAAUGUCUGCAAACAAGUUCAUGCACUCUCUGUGAAAACAGGAUUUGAAUCCGACCGUUACGUUGUAAACAGCCUUAUCGAUGCAUAUGGAAAAUGCACCAUUCUAGAAGAUGCAACAAGAAUAUUCAGAGAGUGCUUGAUGGUAGAUUUGGUAGGUUUCACAUCUAUGAUCUCAGCUUAUUCUCAAGCAGGUGAAGGUGAAGAAUCUCUUAAGCUGUAUUUAGAAAUGCUAGAUCGAGGGAUAGAGCCGGAUCCAUAUGUUUGUAGUUCACUCCUAAAUGCAUGCGCAAAUUUAUCGGCAUAUGAACAAGGGAAACAAGUGCAUGUACACGUCUUGAAGCAUGGAUUUACAUAUGAUAUCUUUGCUGGAAAUUCUCUUGUCAACAUGUAUGCCAAAUGUGGAAGCAUAGAUGACUCCGAACGCGCGUUCUCUAAUAUUCCCGACAGAGGAAUUGUAUCAUGGUCUGCAAUGAUAGGAGGAUUAGCUCAACAUGGCCAUGGGAAAGAAGCCCUACAGGCGUUUGAUCAAAUGCUUAAAUCCGGUGUUUCUCCGAAUCAGAUAACUUUGGUCAGUGUCCUUUGUGCUUGUAAUCAUGCAGGUUUGGUUACCGAAGCCCAAAAAUACUUCAGAUCAAUGAGGGAGCUGUUUGGAUUUGAACCUAUGCAAGAGCAUUAUGCUUGCAUGAUUGACAUACUUGGUCGAGCCAGGAGAUUUGAGGAGGCAAUGGAACUUGUUAAUACAAUGCCUUUUCAAGCAGAUGGCUCAGUUUGGGGAGCACUUCUCGGUGCCGCUAGAAUCCAUAAGAAUGUCGAGAUUGGCCAACGUGCUGCAGCGAAGCUUUUGAUUCUUGAACCGGAGAAAUCCGGUACCCAUGUUCUUCUAGCUAACAUAUAUGCAUCAGUUGGAAUGUGGGACAAUGUAGCAAAGAUGAGAAAACUCAUGAAAGACUGCAAUGUGAAGAAAGAACCCGGGAUUAGUUGGAUCGAGGUUAAAGACAAGAUACACACUUUCAUAGCGGGAGACCGAAGCCAUGUUCAGAGCGAAGAAAUCUAUGCUAAGCUCGAAGAGCUAAGUGAGCGCUUGAGCAAAGUUGGCUAUGUUUCGAAGGUGGAGUUCGAUCUUCAUGAUGUGGAUCGCGGUGAGAAGGAAAAGCUUCUAUACCACCACAGUGAGAAACUUGCAGUAGCCUUCGGAUUGAUCGUGACCCCGGCAGGAGCUCCUGUUAGAGUGAAAAAGAAUCUUAGAGUGUGCGUUGAUUGCCAUACUGCAUUCAAAUUCAUUAGUGAGAUUGUCUCCAGGGAAAUCAUUUUGAGAGACAUCAACAGAUACCACCAUUUUAAAGAUGGUUCAUGCUCUUGUGGGGAUUAUUGGUGAGAAUUC